AUGAUUUCUUUAUAUCAUCCUUUUUAUUAUGGGAAUAUUUAUCAUAUCCUUGUCGAUCGUUUUAGUAGUGAAAAUCAAAGUUUAGAAACCAAAGAAAAUUCAAACCAAUUUCUUGGUGGGACAUUAAAGGGAAUUACAAGUAGAAUGAACUAUUUGAAAGAAUUAGGAUGUUCUACAAUUUUUUUAUCUCCAAUAUAUAAAAAUCAUACAACUAUAACAAAAUAUAUGCCAUAUCAUGGAUAUCAUAUUAUUGAUUUUAAUGAUGUUGAUCCUCGGUUUGGAACAAAAAAUGAUUUUAAACAACUCUGUGAAGUGGCACAUCAAAAUAAUAUUUCUAUUCUUCUUGACAUAGUCCCUAAUCAUGUUAGCUGUUAUCAUCCUUGGGUUGAAGAAGCAAUGAAAGGGAUUAGAACUGAAAGAUUUAGAUGGUAUCCAGAUGGUAAUCCAAUGCAUUUUUUGGGGUACAACGAAUUAUGGAAAGUUAAUCAUAAUGAUACAGAAGUAAAACAAUCAUUAUUAAAUGCGUUUCUUGAAUUCUAUGAAUUAGGAGCUGAUGACUUUAGGAUUGACCAUGCAAUAGGAAUCCCAAAUUCCUUUUUUAAAGAAGUAAGAAAAGUAUUACAAGAAAAAGCAAAAGAACUAAAAAGACGUGUCCCAUUAUUAAUUGGAGAAGUUUGGUUUGGUGGUUGUGAAAGAAGAAUUUUACAAACUAUUGAAACUCCAAUGAAAGGGGUGUUGUGGUGGUUAUCAAAAAUUGGGUUUAAUGGUAUUUGUCAAGAAUUAGCUCAAAUGAUGUAUAUUCAUGUAUUAGAUGGGGUAUUAGAUAUUAGAGGAUGUACACUAAUAAGGGAUUAUCUAUCAGGCAAUGGAAGACUUAAGUAUGUACCAGAGUUUUUAUUUAAAUUUUUAUUAUGGCUAAGAAAGUGGUUGUAUCCAAGAAACUUUUUAGGAGGGUUGUUUGUUGACAAUCACGAUAUGGAUAGAAUUAUGUUUACUAUGAAUGGAGAUAUUAAUAAAGUUAAACACGCCUUAAAUUUCAUUUCAAAGAAUGAUGGACCUAUGUACGUUUAUUAUGGCACUGAAGUUGGAAUGUCUCAAGUAGCAUCAAAAGAAACAAUUGGAGAUAUUGCUAUGAGAGCCCCUAUGAUGUGGUCUUUAGUAGAACUUCCAAAACCCCCUGAGUUGUUUGAUUUUAUUCAAACAACUUGGAAAGAACGAAAUAAUAAAGCUAGAAGGUUUAUAAAAGAAAAAGAUGAAUAA